GCUAUCAGCCCAGACAGCCGGCGGCAACGGGAGCGGUGUUUCUCGGUGUGUCUUCUCACGAUUAUUCGCUGCCGGGUAUUCAUAAUUAAAAGUCGCUUGGCUGAAAAUAGUGAAAAAACAACCCUGACCCCUGCACAGAGAUAUGAGCGGCAGCGGGCGGCCCAGGACCAGCUCGUUUGCUGAGCCGCCAGGUGUUCCAGGAGCCGCCGCUGCGUCCACCGGAUCAGCCGCUGCCGUGGGGAGCAGCACAGGAAAGUCCGGGGUCCCGCAGGCCUCCGGCACCAGCUCGUCGGGAUGCUCGAACCUUAAGCUUGCCAGAGACAGUGGGAAGGUGACGACAGUUGUGGCCACACCAGGUCAGGGGCCGGACCGCCCACAGGAAGUCUCUUACACUGACAUCAAGGUGAUUGGUAAUGGGUCGUUUGGUGUGGUGUACCAAGCUCGGCUCAUCGACAGCCAGGAGAUGGUGGCCAUCAAAAAGGUUCUGCAGGAUAAGAGGUUCAAGAAUCGGGAACUACAGAUCAUGAGGAAGCUGGACCACUGCAACAUUGUCAGACUACGUUACUUCUUCUACUCCAGUGGCGAGAAGAAAGAUGAAGUGUACCUCAACCUGGUGCUGGACUUUGUCCCUGAGACGGUCUACAGGGUUGCCAGGCAUUUUAACAAGGCCAAGAGCAUCAUUCCUAUCAUCUAUGUGAAGGUGUACAUGUACCAGUUGUUUCGCAGUCUGGCUUAUAUCCAUUCCCAGGGUGUGUGUCACAGAGACAUCAAGCCCCAAAACCUGCUUGUUGACCCAGAAACUGCCAUCCUCAAACUGUGCGACUUUGGCAGCGCCAAGCAGCUGGUCCGCGGUGAACCCAACGUGUCGUAUAUCUGCUCGCGGUAUUAUCGCGCCCCUGAGCUCAUUUUUGGUGCCACAGACUACACGGCAAACAUUGACAUCUGGUCAGCAGGCUGCGUACUGGCUGAGCUGCUGCUCGGACAACCCAUAUUCCCCGGUGACAGUGGAGUGGACCAACUAGUAGAGAUUAUCAAGGUGCUGGGAACACCGACAAGGGAACAGAUUCGAGAGAUGAACCCUAACUACACAGAAUUCAAGUUCCCUCAGAUCAAAGCUCAUCCAUGGACCAAGGUGUUUAAACCUCGCACCCCUCCAGAGGCCAUUGCUCUCUGCUCCCGGCUGCUGGAGUACACGCCGGCCUCACGCCUCUCCCCACUAGAGGCCUGUUCACAUGCCUUCUUUGACGAGCUGCGCCAGCCGAACACGCGACUGCCCAGUGGCCGAGAACUGCCGAUGCUCUUCAACUUCAGCACCACGGAGCUGUCAAUCCAGCCCCAGCUGAACUCAACCCUCAUUCCUCCUCACGCUCGCUCUCACACAGCUGCUUCCGCCCACGAUGGCACCGGUUCAGAUUCAUCUCAACACAGUUCAGUACCAGGAUCUCUUAACAGCAUCUGAAGCAGCCUCUCACCUGCCUGCCUGCCAGCCUCACAGUUAUCUCAGACACACACACACACACACAAACACACACACACCCUACAGCUUUCCUCAGUGCUGCUUGCUCUCCUCUUAGAUGAUCUGUUUUUGUACAAUAAAUACAUUGAACAGACUAUUAGCUCUUCAGCUGCCAGGGUUGAAACUACGGCAGGAGAUUAUUACACACACACACACACAGAGUCGUCUCGCUGCUCAGGUGGUAUGUGAAAGUUCAAUAGUGGGGGCUGGUCCUCUGUAAUAUAACCUUUUUUUAAAUCAAAUUUUUUUCCUUCUUUAUAUUUGUGUUUAUUUAUUUGACUAAUUGAAAGCAUCAUGUGAUCACACAACAUUUUGUCAGUAGAGUUUUUUCUUUUUCUUUUUUUUUCCACAUCUUUUUUUACCUUUUUUUUUUUUUAUUAUUAUUCUUCCGUGUUUUUAGAUCCUUGUUAUUAAAGGACACUGCACACUGCCUGACCAAAGUCCCCAAGCAGGUCAUCAGGGUAAAGGACAUUUUAUUUAACUCAGAGCAGGAGAAUAGGUGCAGUGACUGAUAAAUUGAUAAACUCUCCAGCCACAUUAUUCAGUAUAUAUGUAUACAGCCUGAUGUUUAGUCUCAAACUAAAUCUCUAAAAAAAAAAAAAAAUCUCUAAAACUAAACUCUUGUUAAUUUACCUGCAUAAGUGGCGGUUAGAGUAGGACAAACUCAUCAGCACCUGGACCGGAAAUUACCAGACACCAUCUCUGGGUGCAUUUAUACUUCCAUAUAAACAUGAGUCAAAUCAACCACUGAUUGAGACUCUCUCUCAUCUUUUAAUAGUGAUUUUAUUUUUAAAUUUAUGUACACAUCAGGAGGGCAGAGGCCUUGAUUUGUUGCAAAAACAUUUAUAUCCAGAGGAAAAUUCCUUGAUUCCUGCUCUCGUUCCUUGUUCUUCACCACAGAAAAAAAGAAAAAAAUUAGAGCUGUAAAUGUCAGUUGUGAAGGAAGUGUGAAUGUGGUGCUCAACAAAAGCCAACUGAGAUAUUCAUCUAGAACUGUUUGUUCUCUGUCCUGCCAAGUAAUUUGUUGUGUUCAGUUGAUGAUUAGAUGGCUGUGCUCUGGAUGUCACUGUCCCAGAUCGUUACAGCAAUAAAAACGUAGAGGCUCCCCGUCAUCUUAAAGCAUUGCUCAUCACAGCGUUUGUGGGAUUUACCUGCUGAGAGACAUUAACCAAUCUUCAGCCCUUUUUAACCAUCCACUCGUGUUACUGUGCUUAGAAAGUGUCAGUGAGUAGAGGCUUUAACUUCUGACCAACACAGCAGUUUACUGCAGAGCAAAUGGCUGUUUUCAGAAAUGUCUUAAAGGUGUAUUCCCCUGAAAUAGGCUGUAAUCCCUUUUUUUUUUUAAUUAAACAGAAAUUAUAACAUUUUUCUUUGUUUUUUGUUUCCAGCUUUCAUGAUUGAAAACGGCUUUCACUAAGCUGUUUAACGUGACACAGUCAUGAUGUGGUACUGGAGCAUGGCCCCUCUUAAUGAUAAGAAGUCAGAACUUUUAAAUUAGAGUAACAGCGUGCUUUUAAAAAGAAAAAGAAAUCUGAAUGUUAUUAUUUUUAAAGCCUUGAAAAGUAUUAAAACAUGGUAAACAUAGUUCUCUGAUGGCUUCACUAUACAUUUUUUUUGUCUUUUUCCUUCUCUGCAUCUUCAUGUGUGUUUUCAUACAGAAUACAGGAAUUGAUUGUUCCUGUUCUUGUUGUUUUAGUCUGUUUAUAAUACACAAUCAAAGCCCUGCAUCAAGAAUCUGAAAAGUCUGACCGAUUAGAAGCAAAUACCAUCGAACAAAAAACACACUUUCGGUGGAAUGUCCCCUUUUACAUUAACAUCAUUCCUGUCCUGGUGUCAGUGUAGAGGAAAAUGCUUUUGUAUUCCUACACUGAGAAAACGAACAUCAGUCCUGGUGAUUAAAGCAGAUUACCAGCAGAGAAACUAAAGAACGUUUAAAUGUGGACUGUGUGUUUUAAAUGGGGGAUACUUCAUGUCACCCUACUCCUUUGUGUUUGGAUGAGAGCGGGAUGUUUGAAUUGUUGACCUAGAGGGUGUGACACCUAAUUCAGCAAACUUAACUUCCAUCAGUGGAAAUAAAUGAAAAGUUCUCCAUAUUUUUACAAGAAGCAGCUUUGUAGAAACAACAAUAACAAAAGAUAAAUUAACAUUUGCUUCUGUUCAAACGCCGACUCAUAUACAGAAGCAUAUUGUAAGAAUCAAGAAUAAAAGGCUUAAUGUUAAUAGUUGAUCAUGAAUAUCAAGCAGGGACAUUUCCUUUAUGGUGACUGUGUUUUUGUUUGUUUGUUUGUGUGUUGUUGUACUUCUCUCUCUGUAAGGACCAAUUUGGAUUUGACCCCACUGGAGUGGGGACAUUUGGCCUGUCCUCACUUCUUCAGAGAACUGUUUGAGGGCUGAGACUAAGAUGUUUUAGGGAUAAGUUAAAAAAAAAAAAAAAGUUGGGGGCC